AUGGGAAGCUUCGUAUUUUUUCGCCCACAACCUGACGCUUGUUGUGGUACGUCGGGUCCACACGUACAACACCUUGCGACGGAAUUAAACUGGAGUCCCUUGGUUCAACGAGACUGGCCGAUAACCAAACCCAGGUCCGUGCGUCUUCCUUCUAGCCCAACAUCGAUGGACCUGUCGAGUGUUCUGACUCAACAAGUGUUCAACAAACGCGACGAUUCUGGCCAGUCCCCUCGCCUACUUCUGAUUGUCAGCCGUGAGGUAAACGCCCAACACGAAGAGAUCUUCUCCACCGCUGUCUCCAAUGUCAUCGCGAGUUCGCCGUCGGGUGCAAGCCUGCUCUUCGCCGUCUACCAUCCAGCCCGUCGAUACAGGUCCCUCCUCGACUCCUACCUCCGCCGAAACAACGGACACAGGAUGGCCAUGGUCGAUGUGGCCUGCGAUCUCAUCCCCACUCUAAGCCACGAUGACCUGCUUCAUGAGAAACUCCGCGAACUGACCAACGCCUUCUCUCAGGAAGCUCCAGCCGCGGAACAACAUCGCCGGACCCUCUUCAUUGACGAUGCCGCCGCGCUGCUUGAUCUAGGCCUCACACCGCGCCAACUGUGUCAGCUGAUACUGCCGAAGUCAACCCACGUCGACGACCUCGUUAUUGGCUAUCAUGUCGACGGGGAAUGUGACGACGACUACCUACUCCGCCUGCUGCGAAGGCGUGCCUUCUGCUGCGUCGACGUGUCUCCUCUGGAAACCGGCUACACCCCAUCCAUCGACGGACAGAUAACCAUCUCAAGGUUCACCUGCCAGCUCCUGGACGAUGGCGCAGAGGACACUAGACCGCAAAAGUUCCACUUCCGAGCCGAAGGCAAGACAAUCCGCUGUUACCCACCGGGCACCUCAAACCUCGUCCGCUAA